AUGGUGUCCCCAUCUAUGCUUAACCCUAUUAUCAAUGAUCAGUAUACGGCUGCCAGGGCGUAUUUCCUUUGUGUAAUUGGAAUGCUUUUCUUUGAGAGCAUGCUUCAUGCUCCGUCAUAUCUGUUACAUCUUUAUAGAAAAGGCCGGCCGAAUACAGCACGCCAGAAGCAUUGGAAGAUUUAUACUGCCCUACAUAAGAUAACAACGCUACCAUCUGCUAUCCCAUUCAUCACGCGCAAUAACAUUCCCAUCCUCAUACGCGUUUCUGUCUUCACCUUUCUCAACUUCCUCUGGGGCUGGAAUAAGUUUGCUUAUACCACGAAUUACCAACUCUAUGGCUGGCUCACAAUCGCCAACGGUGGCCUUAGCCUCCUCAUGGGCGCGCGUACCAACCUCUUUGCUCAUGUCGCUCGCAUUCCCUCAGCGGUGUUACUUAGAUACCAUCGCUGGAUUGGUUUGGCAACAUUUGUCCAUGCAACGCUGCACUGCAGCCUCAUCAUACAGCAUUAUGUGCAGACGAACCAAUUUUACACGGCUGCUCAGGCCCCUCGUAUCCCCGUGGGCAUAGCUGCGUGGAUAUCGCUGUGUAUUAUUGCAAUCACAUCUAUUCCCAAGAUUUUCCGUCGGCGCUGGUUUGAGGCUUUCUACUACCCGCACUUUUUCUUCCUGGUUUUUGUUGCUGGAGCCUUAUACCACGCGAACAAGGGACCCGAAUUUCUUCUUCCCGGGUUCGGUCUCUGGGUGGUUGAUCGCGGCAUCCGAUUCUAUAAUAACUUUCGGGGCUCGCAAGUCAAAUCAGUCAUGCACUACUCAGGAGGUGUAACCAAAUUCAACAUCGCUGGAGUAGCGCCGUCGCAACCAGGCCAGAUAGCUUGGGUACAGAUUCCCAGCGUGUCAUUCUUCAAUUGGCAUCCGUUUACCAUUGCUUCUGCACCUGGACAAAACGAAACCACGAUUGCCAUCAGGGCGCUUGGUUCAUUUACCAAAAAGGUGCAAAACGUUGGGGAAGACGUUGUAAAGAUUGAUGGCCCGUAUGGUGUCGGUCACCUACAAUGGGGCGCACAUCCAGUGAUCGUACUCGUGGCUGGCGGAAUUGGCAUUACCCCCGGCAUCAGUAUCGCGACACAUAUUGUGAAUCAAGCCAAAUCAGGACUUGUAUCUAUGCCUGGUGGCUGGCAUAUUCAUCUCUUGUGGACGGUGAAGAAUUUUGAUCAUAUCUCCUGGUUCGAAGCCGAGCUGAAGAACCUCGCCGACAUUUCGUCGGAUCAAGCUGUGCCCGUCACGUUAGAUAUUACGAUUCACGUUACAAGUGGCGUGGAGGAAGACAGCGAAUCUAUGAAAUUCGAUGGCAUUGGGGAUAUUUACCAAGGUCGUCCAGAUUUAAUGAAAUGGUUUGAGAACGUGAGAGAUGCGAGAAUGGGCAUGGAUGCUUCAGUUAAUCUCUGUGGACCUGCACAGCUGAUACGCAGCGGAAGAAUAGCAGCGUCGAAAGCAAGUUGUGAAGAUAUUCUCUUUUAUGUAGAGGAGGAGACGUUUGAAUUCUAG